UUGUUAGAUUUUUGUUAAUGAUAAUAGAGUUUCUAUUCUAUCUCAGUCUUUUUAUAAAACGUUGCAUUAAAAUUUGAUUGUUGAUGCUUCGGAAUCAACGUUUUGUAAGGAAAAGCCACGAAAUCGAAUUGCCGAAAAAGCCAAUACACGAAAGGUUAUCGACGGGCGAUCGACGGCUCUCAGCGUGGAUGUGAAAAAAUGGCGGGUUGUUCGAAAUGGCUCCUUGUGGAACACCAAUUUUCUCUGUUUGACUGGAAAUAACCAAAAAAUCCGUUCCAAAACCRCAAGAAAAUUAUGAAUUUCUCCGAGCUAUUUAAGCAGUCCGGUCAGCUCUGUAAAUUUUCUCCGAAUGGGAGAUACUUGGCCAAUUGUGUUGGGUACCGACUUAUCGURCGAGAUGUUCAAACCCUUCAGAUUUUGCAGCUAUAUACCUGCCUUGAUAAUAUCCAAAAUAUUGAGUGGUCAUCUGACUCCCUGUAUAUUAUGUGUGCUAUGCAUAAAAGAGCCCUUAUUCAGGUAUGGUCAUUGGAAAAGCCAGAUUGGACUUGCAAAAUAGAUGAGGGGUCUGCGGGACUUGCUGGUGCACGAUGGAGUCCUGAUGGAAGACAUAUUCUAACUACAGCUGACUUUCAGCUAAGAAUCACCAUAUGGUCUUUAGUAAGCAAGUCUGUUAGUUAUAUCAAAUACCCAAAACAUGCCUCUGAAGGUCUUGAUUUUAGCAGAGAUGGUAAAUACAUGGCUUUAGCUGAAAGAAGAAAUUGUAAAGAUUUUGUCAGCAUUUUUACAUGUGACUCAUGGCAACUCUUAAAGCAUUUUGAAGUGGAAACAAAAGACCUUGCUAGUCUGUCGUGGUCACCUGAUGGUAGGGUUCUUUGUAUAUGGGACUCUAUUACACAAUAUAAGUUAUUUCUGUAUUCUGUGGAUGGACGGUGUCUAGCCUAUUACAGUGCAUAUGAGUUUGCUUUGGGUAUCAAAACUGUCACAUGGUCUCCGUCUAGUCAGUUCUUGGCUAUAGGAAGCUUUGACCAAAAGUGCCGAGUGCUCAAUCACAUCACUUGGAAAGUAGUUGCAGAACACAAUCAUCCUAACACACUUGACACAGAAACAGUGGUUGUUUACAAAGAGAUUGAAGUCAAACCUCCUUUACUCCAAGGUGACAUGAUGCCUCCUGGAGGAUUUACUGUCCAAAGCAAAUAUCAAAUUGAGCAGGUUCCUGUUCAAGUACCAUCUGUCAAACUUGACCCAGAGAAACACAACCCAAAGUUGGGUAUUGGAUAUAUUUCAUUCAGCAAUGACAAUAAGUACAUGGCAACUAUAAAUGAUAAUAUGCCAAAUGUCUUGUGGAUAUGGGAUGUUCCCAAUCUUUGUCUGGCCGUUCUCCUUUUGCAGUCAAACCCAAUAAAAGCUGUUUAUUGGGAUCCUUUACAGCCUCGUCUUGCUCUCUGCACUAAUAACAACAAGCUGUAUUUGUGGUCACCUGCUGGGUGUGUUUCUGUUGUUAUCCCAUCAGAAAAUGUAUUUCAAGCAACGUCACUAAAAUGGCAUCCAGAUGGCAAUAGUUUGGUGAUUCUCAGCAAGGACCACCUCUGCUUGUGUUUCUUAUCUGAUGUUCACUGAUCUUUAGCAGCAAGAUCUUGAAGUAUGUACUAAACUAUAGCAAUGAAGUCUAGUUUAUGCUACACUGUAUUCAUAACAGUAGUUUCAUUUAUGCAAUGACAGCACAUUUGCUGUUCUAGUGCAGACAUUUAAACCUUGAGAAGUACACUGAUAACCAAAUUGUGCUAAAAGCUCUAAAACGUUUUGUUGAUUAGACUAGUAAAUAAAGGAUUCAGUAGUAUAACUA